UAUGACGUGUAUUUGUAAUGAUCUCCACGCAUCAUUUCGUUGCUCGCAUUUUCGCCUGUCUAAAGACCGGUCGUUAAGAAGCCAUCACGCAGAACAUUAUAAAAUCAAGCAAUUUACCUCAUCUACUUCAACAAUCGUUGGCACUCUGUCGACCGCCUUAUGAUAAUGAUUGCUCAGCGUCUGAAGAGACAAUUUGUUGCUCUUGUUGCCUGCAUUCUGAUUAGUAUACCGGAUGGCUUUGCAAAUACAACAAUGACAAAUAUGAUGAUGUCCUCCACUGCAAGUGACGCGACAUCAAUGAUGCAUAUGAUGUCAUCCCCAUCUGCAAGCAACAUGCCAUCAAGGGAGCAAAUGAUGUCAUGGUCAUCUGGAAGUAACAUGUCAUCAAUGGACCAUGCGAUGUCAUCCCCUUCUGCAAACGACACGACACCAGUGAUGAAUAUGACGCCAUCCUCAUCUGCAAGUAACAUGACAUCAAUGGUGCAUAUGAUGUCAUCCUCAUCUGCAAGUAACAUGUCAUCAAUGGACCAUGCGAUGUCAUCCCCUUCUGCAAGCGACACGACAUCAGUGAUGAAUAUGACGCCAUCCCCAUCUGCAAGUAACAUGACAUCAAUGGUGCAUAUGAUGUCAUCCUCAUCUGCAAGUAACAUGUCAUCAAUGGACCAUGCGAUGUCAUCCCCUUCUGCAAGCGACACGACAUCAGUGAUGUAUAUGACGCCAUCCCCAUCUGCAAGUAACAUGACAUCAAUGGUGCAUAUGAUGUCAUCCUCAUCUUCCUUAUCUGCAAGUAAUAUGUCAUUAAUAGACCAUGCGAUGUCAUCCCCUUCUGCAAGCGACACGACAUUGAUGAUGGAUAUGACGUCAUCCUCAUCUGCAAGUGACAUGUCAUCAAUGAUGCAAAUGAUGUCAUUCCCGUCUGCUACUGAUACGACGACAAAGAUGGCUGUUAUGCCAUCAUCAUCUGCUAGUGAAGUGGUUUCGACGGCAGCGCCAAAGCCUACGUGUUCUCCAGGAUUUACUGGAGGGAAUUGCUCUACAGAUAUUAAUGACUGUGUACACGAAAACUGUUCAGGAAAUGGUCUUUGUAUUGACAAAGUAAAUGGCUUUGUAUGUGUUUGUAACGAUAAUUACUUUGGAGAAAACUGUGAGAAAGAACUCAGAACCUGUAACCCAAACCCAUGCGAAAAUGGUGGAACUUGCAAAAAGGAUGGUGUAACGUUUAAGUGUAUAUGUACUCCGGCGUUUGAAGGGGAAACCUGCGUAUCAGAGAAGCCUACUCAAACACUUGCCGGUACAAUGGAAUUGGAUCAAGAGUAUGACAAUGCCUAUGAUGACAUCAACUCAGAAGAAUCUCGUGCCCUCAAGACUAAUUUAAACCGUGUAUUGAUACCUUUUUUCCGAGCGAAAUUUCCAGAUUUAAUAGGUAUCAAAUACAAGCGUUUUUUUAAUGGAAGUGUUGGGGUUGACUAUGAACUGAUAUUUCCAACAACUUCAAAUGUAACCGCUAACAACAUCGUUCAGGCUCUUAAGGAUGGUAAUGGAACAGAAGAACUGGGAUUUUUGAAUCUGACGGGAGAUAUAACCGUAACGAAGCAGGUUGUUCAGACUACAGUAAUACCAACUGGAACCACAGGUAACUUAGUGUAUCUUUUUAUGAUUCAUGACAUUUGUUACGUUAUUAGCCUUCAAUUAAGUUCGGGGUAAUUUGAUAUGCUUAAAAGUAUCCAUCACCUAAUCCUUUUAACUAUACUUGUUCGAAAUUAAGAUCAUCACAUUUCGCUAGAAGUUCUCCAUGGGCCACCUAUACUUCUAUGGAAUAUUUCCACUCAAGAGACACAAUUUAUGCUGAAUUAUGAAUUAUGCUAAGUCUGGGGUAAUUUGAUAUGCUUAAAUUUAUCCAUUACCUUCACCGUUUAACUACACUUUCCCGGUGAAAAUCUUUGGAGGAUCCAUAAGGAUCUUUAAAGAUCUUCACGAGGACGUUUGAGGAUCCUCCUGACAGAGGAUCCUCAUGAAGACCUUUGAGAAAUCUACGAGGAUGUUCACAAUUCUUGUUAAGAUCUUUAAGGAUCUUUCAUUUUCUUACCAGUAUCUUCAAAGAUCUCGGACUUUCUUCGCAAGAGUUUCCAGGAUCUUGCAUUUUCUUUCCAAAAUCUUUAAGGAUCUUCUAUUUUCCUGUCUAGAUCUUUGAGGUUCUUUUCGGGAUCUUGAAGGAUCUUCAAAAGAUCCGACUGAGCACGCGUCACCUAUAUGAUGUUGUGUUUUUCGAUCGUCGGCAUCCAGGCUUCUGGGAUUUCAAUUUUACUCCACUUCCCUAAUUAUCAUGAAUACUUCAGCAGUAACUUGAGAAAUAUACUGAAAUAACUUACUGAUCUUACUAACUAAUCUAAUCAUUUUCA